UUUCGAGUUUUCCGUCAGACUUGAGCAUAAUUCGAAAAUUCAUAGUCAAUCUUCUAAAUUGCUAGUGUUCUUGAUAAAGAAGCAAUUGCUGUUGCUGACAACCGACAGCCAUGUUCAAUACGAAUGCGCAAAAUUGGUUUGGCAUGGGCCAAUCGGUUGCUGAACCUCCAACAACUGGCGGCCACAUGAAUCAAUCGCUCAACAACAACAAUAAUAGCAACAACAACAACAACAACAAUAACAAUCAAAUUAACAAUGGACUACAGUCACAACCUUUUAUGCGUCAGCGUACACUGGCCAGCUCCAAUCCUGCAUUGGAGCGCACUGCGCUCGUAGUCCGCCCACAAUCUCCGCCCAACGUUCAAGUGGAGUAUGAAGUGGCCAUGCCCUUUAUGUCUGGCUACCGGCACACACCAUAUCAUUCGCUCUGGGAUCUGCAUCAGUGCUCAGCCACGCCACCAGCAAGCUUAUCCCAUAUGGCGCGUAUGAUGGACUCCUUGAUCCUGGACUCGCUGUCACCGUACGCCUUCACCAAAAUCACCACCACAAGCCGACCCCCACGCACUAGCAAUUGUAGCAGCAGCUUGAAGAAGCCCGCGGCGGAGAAUGUGCAGCAUACGCAGCACAUCAGCGUCAAUCCUCAUCGACCCAUUAACAAUCUGGGCGCCAAUGCACCCAAUGGCCUGGGCAUCGGAGGUGCGAUGCCGACGCGCGGCAAGCAACAGCGUUUGCCCACACAAGUCUAUGAUGCAGAGGUUGCCCCGCAGCCGCGUCCCAGCCACACAGCAAUGCCGUUUCCCUCGCAACAGCAGCAGGACACGCGCUGGGUAUCCUCAUUGCGGCGCCGCGAUCCGGAGCUGCAGCCAACGCUGCCCUCGAUCAACAGCAAUCUGAACAGCAACAGCCUGAGCCAGAGUCAUCAUGGCAGCGCUGGCAAUGUGGGCCUCGGGGCAAACAACUCGGGCAGCACCACGGGCAUUGGUCUACGGCUGAGUCGGCCCGGCAGGGCCUCCGCUCUUACAGCAGCCGUGCGCAAGAGUCGAUCCGUGGAGCGAUUGCGCGCCCGCAAGCUGAGCACCAACACGCAGAUGACACUGAAGCAACGGCCGGUUAAGAAGAACUCGUUGGACGACAACUCCAAUUCAGAUGAUCAGGAUGCAACCACAUCGAUAGAGGACAAUUCGCAUGUCCAAUCGACCACACACAAUACACCCAGAUGCUCACCAAAGAUCAAGAUCAAGCACUUCUCGCCGCUGGGCUACGAGGGCCACCUGGUCGAUACGCUCGAGAAGGACAUACUGCAGCGACAUCCGUGCAUCAAAUGGACUGAAGUGGCGGGUCUCAACGAGGCCAAGACUAUAUUGCAGGAAGCCGUGGUGCUGCCCAUUAUAAUGCCAGAGUUCUUUAAGGGAAUACGCCGACCAUGGCGCGGCGUGCUAAUGGUCGGUCCGCCAGGCACGGGCAAAACGAUGCUGGCCAAAGCCGUGGCCACCGAGUGCGGCACAACCUUCUUCAAUGUGUCCUCCUCCACACUAACAUCCAAGUACCGGGGCGAGAGCGAGAAGCUGGUGCGUCUGCUCUUCGAGAUGGCCCGUUUCUAUGCGCCGAGCACCAUUUUCAUUGAUGAGAUCGAUGCCCUCUGCGCAUCGCGCGGCAGCGACUCGGAGCACGAGGCUAGCCGACGCUUUAAAGCAGAGCUGCUCAUCCAAAUGGAUGGCCUGAAUGCUGGCCUACAGGAUGAUAAGAUCAUCAUGGUGCUGGCGGCGACAAAUCAUCCCUGGGACAUUGACGAGGCCUUUCGCCGACGUUUCGAGAAACGCAUCUACAUACCGCUGCCGAAUGAGGAAACACGCGCGGCGCUGCUGAAGCUCUACCUUAAGGAUGUAUCGCUCUCAUCAGAUAUCAAUACGACAGUGAUUGGCGACGAACUACAGGGUUAUUCCGGCUCCGAUAUUAGUAAUGUGUGUCGCGAUGCCUCCAUGAUGGCGAUGCGUCGUCUCAUCUCUGGCCGCACGCCGCAGCAGAUCAAGCAAAUACGCCGCGAGGACGUGGAUCAGCCGAUCACACUCAAAGACUUUCAGGAUGCACAGCAGCGCACCAAGAAAACUGUUUCGGCUGACGAUGUGGCACGUUUCGAGAAGUGGAUGGAGGAGUAUGGCUCCUGCUAGUUGUACGAUCUUUGUGCUGUCGCAGCACCAAAUUUAUAAAGUCCCCCUCUCCGCACACCCAUACGUAUGUACU